GUUGAGUAACCGCUGUUUUCUGGACCUGACUGAUUUAUAACUUCUGAAGAAACCAUGGAAAGCCAAGAGUUUAUCGUGCUAUAUACUCAUCAAAAGAUGAAGAAGUCGAAAGUGUGGCAAGAUGGAAUUCUGAAGAUCUCUCACGUAGGAAAUAAAGCAAUUUUAUAUGACGACAAAGGAGAAUGUUUGGAGAGCUUGUUUCUCAAGUGCCUUGAGGUGAAACCUGGAGAUGACUUAGAAAGCGAUCGAUACAUAAUCACAGUCGAGGAGGUGAAAGUUGCCAGAAGCAGAGCUCUUACACAGGAUGUUGUUCAGGAGGCACCAGAGUCAAAUUCAAGGAGGUGUUUUCCCUCUGGCCGCGCCCUUGGGUGCCGGCCUGCUGGCUUGAAAAGGAAGUUUGCUGGUUUCCAAGGACCACGUCAAGUGCCAAACAAAGUGGUUAUUACGGAAGAUGGUGAAUCAGCUGCAGCAGCUGAGGCUAAGAAACCUGGCCCUGGCUUUCUUUCUGCAUUCUAUAGCACCCCUCCUUUGUUUUCUACUGCCGGCAAGGAAGACGUGCACAGUACGCCCACAGAGGCCGAGAACACCGCCACUUACAAGAGCAGCGCGAGAAGUGGCCGACCUUUCUCUUCAGCUGCCUCUGCUCCGUCCUUCAAGAUGAACCCAGAAACUCUGUGUGAAGAAGAUCAUUUUUGCUCUCCUGUCAGUUCUGUAAAUAAGCAUUCAGAUUCUUUACUGACCAGUGAGCCCACGAAAGGAGCUAGUUUGGCGCCUCCCUGUUUGGGAGUCCCCCAGCAUGCCAGAAGCAAGGCGCAGAUAUUAGCGCUGCUGAAGUCCAAGUCAGCUGGCACGCCUAAGGACGUAACGGCUAAGAUCACGGAGUGCCUCCCUCAGGGACAACCACCAGGAGGUUUGAAACUCGCUACGAAACCAAAAUGCUCCAUCGAACAGGAAGAGUGUGUGGAGGUGAGAACAGGAAGUUUGCAUGACCAGCGUCAGUCAGAAGGGACCAUGAAAAGCAGAAGCCAGCGGGCUGUGCAUUCAUUCUCGCAGAGCUCACCUGUCCACUCUCCUGAAGGUGGAAGUGAUCUGGAAAGGAAACCCACAGCCCAGGGAGAUAAAAUGAAUUUACAUGGGGAAGACCUUUUGGUACAAAAAGGGAUACAGCUCUUUGCAACAUGUGCUGAAAAUGGGGAAAUGUAUAAUGAAGACAAGCUGGUAGAUAAUAAUUACCAAUCUUGGGAUCAGAAAGUAACAUUAGAAAUCACUUCAUGCUGUGAAAGCAACAGCCUACCCGUUGCCUGUGGCAAUGCAGAAAAUGAUGGCUCAGUAUCAGAAUCUGACAUUCAAGAGAAUAUUAAAAUGCCUGUUAAGCAGAAUGGCCAGACGUGUGGAAAAGGAUCGAUUCUCAUGAGAGAAGAUGCUCAGGAGACAAAUCGGUGUGAAACACCAGGAAAGGAGUAUAAACAGGCAGUGUCGGGUCUGCCAGGACCUGAAUGGCUCCAAACCGAGUCUUCACGACGUGACGAGCCUGGCGUGUCUGCUGCCGUUACCGACAUGUUUUCUGAAAGCAGUGCUGCCGAUGAAAGUCUUCCUGGUGUUCGUGAACCCGAGAGUAAUGCCACACAACCAGUUUUGGAGGUAACUUUUAACCUGAGCAAUUUUGAAACCAGUGACACUGAGGAGGAGUCACAGGAAAGCAGCGAGAUUGCCCCGGAGUCGGAGUGCUGGGUAAAGGAAACUCUGGUCAGUGACCGCAGCCCAGGUCUUCCGAGGCCAUGUGAGGGCAUGAACUGUGAGGAAGCCGGCCGUGAGCGCCGGCCCCUCCUAACGUCUGUCGGUAAACCUGCAGAGACACUUCCUGCUAAAGAGACUCUGCCGGCCCAGUUUUGUGGUCUGACUUGUGCAGGUCUUGACCCAGGAGCCUGGAAAGCUGGAAACGCCAGAGAAAAAGCAGAGGAGGAUGGCGGUUCUGACUCAGAGUUAGAGUGUACUGGGGGUCUGUUUAAUGAAGAUGCUAAUAAAUUGACCCAAAAAGUCGGAAUGAACUAUGAUUUUGCUUCCCUCCCGAAUCAAUCUAAGGGUAAAACCUCGAAUUUACAUAUUCCUUAUUUUUCAAACAUGGCCCCUAAUCAGACUCCUGAGAACAGCCGACCUUCAGAGUGGGCCCAGCCUCAGCCUUCUAUCAUGGGAAGUGAUGUUGCUAAAAAGAAGGAGCAGGCCCUCCCAACAGGCCCUGGUGGUGACAGCACAGUCCCGCUAUUGCAUGCCACUCACUGUCACUCUGAGGCCUGUGUCACGGCCCUUGGUCAGUCAAGCCCCCAAGUUUCCAACUCCUUGUGCUACCCUCCGGGAAGAAAGCGUCCCGUUUUCAGAGACACAGAAGCACCUGUUACUGAAUCUGACCGCUCUGGAGUAGGUACUGCUGGAGAAAGCACACCAUGCGGGCCUGGUCCUAGGAAUCUUUCAGAACUUUCUGGGUCGGGAAGUAACAUUUCCCUUUUAAAGUCACUGUCUGAACACGUGACGGCUUUGGACGGCUUGGAAGCAUUGAGAAGGGAAGGCACAGCCUCUGGGCAGCAAGGAGCUGUGCAGACACACGGGCCGGAGGGCAGCACUGGAGGGUGUUCUCUCAGUAGCCGCGCGGCUGGGAAACCGUGGAUUUCCGUAGUCCCACAAGCUAGACCAACAUCUCUUCUGAACUGGGAUUCUCAGCAGUGUUCAACAGCUCCUACGAUGAUCAAAGAAAACGAAGUUGAAGCCAGUGAACCACCUCAGCCUUUGCAGUUCUUUUCCUUGGGAAGUGAAGAAGAGACAGCUUUUGCAGCUAUUCUUCCUAAACAAACAGAGAGAAAAGCCUGUGACCCUAAGCCUGUAGAGUUUCACGGGCACCGAGUGGAAGGCUCCGUGAGCGGCGCCGUGAUGGUCAGAGGGCGGAUCCCAGAGGGCAUCGAGUGGGAGAACCGCACGCCUGACAUUUGUGUUCUGGCACCGAAGCAGCUGAGCACUUGUAUGCAGGCUGACUUUUUGCAGUUCCCAGAUGAAGAAAACUUUCCAGGAGGAGGUGCGAGCUUUAAUGUUGAAGACGAUUUUCAAGCGAUCGCUGAGUCUAAUAAGGACCCAACUGAAAAGGAUUCAAUUUUAGAUUUUCCUCUGAAAGAUUCAGAACAUUCACACCACCGUUUGGAUUAUGAUUUCAAGUCGGCAGAGUGGACUUCAUGGGAAGCAAAUAAGGUGAUGUCACCAGAACAAAAGAUGUCAACGUUCAGCCCUGUUUCUACUGCUUCUUUGGCCUCAAGAGGUGAAGACUUGGUGCUUGAACUGUCUGAGGACUCCCUGAAAACAAGGACCUUGCCGGGUGACCUCUUAGCGGGGGGCUUAAUGGGAAGCCUCAGUUCUGUGGAGAGUAAGCAUUUCCAGAGGCUUCCAUCAGUAAGCAGGACGCGACUCCCACUUAUUACUGGGCCGGAGGACAUGGGUCCUCGUCCACAUGCGACCGACGGUGACAGACGGGAGCCCUCUGCUUCUCCCACAGUUGUGUGCGAAGGCGCAGCGGCUGUUUCCUUCAGCCUUGGGCCUGAGGACCAGAGCAAAACCAGAGAACCCAGGGAGGUGACACCAGCAGACCCUUCACUUCUCAGUCAUGUGUCUUCUCAAAGCAAGUGGCUGAAAUAUCAAAACUUAGCCCAGUGCAACUCGGCUCCAAGCAGAGUUGACAGGAAAGGCACAGGCGGCUUCCUUGCUGAGGCCAUAUCUGGGCUGCAUCCCAGUGACACGGGUGAGCGCCAGGGCAAUGCUGUGAAGGGACGCCUGUUAGACACUGUGCAUUUGCAGAUGAUCAAAAGCGUGCUCCGCCAGCAGCAGCCGCAUUUUAGCAGACACGGCCUGGUUUGCAGAAAGCAGACUUCCGAGACGGAGGAAACUCCCAACGUGUCGGGAGAGCCCGCCUGCUAUGAGGACAGCGUAACAGGAGGUCCACAGGAGGUAAGUGGCUCUGAGCUGUGCUUCCCCAGUGGGCAGAAGGUGAAGUGCGCUCACCUCCCGCAGAGGCAUGUGCGCAUACCGGCCACUUUCCAGUCUCCUGCUCACUACAGGCAGACCUUCGCCUCGUGUCUCAGAGAGCAUCUGAAUAUAUUGCUGUUUGGGCUGGCGCAAAGGUUGCACAAAGCUCUUUCGAAAGCUGACAUAUCAUUUUACACAUCGUCAAAAGGAGAGCAACUGAAAAACAUGGAAAAUAAUGUGCCCUCCUGCCAUCAUCAUCAGCCUGCAAAGCUUGUCAUGGUUAAGAAGGAAGGUCCCAACAAGGGUCGCCUUUUUUAUACCUGUGAUGCACCCAAAACUGACCGAUGUAAAUUUUUCAAGUGGCUUGAAGAAGUGACCCCAGGAAAUUUAACACAGGAAGAAUCUCCACACACAUUGGUUUUAAGUGACAUAAAGAGUAUUGGCUCGUACUUAAGAAGCCAAACAAUACCCCUCUAUGAGGAAUGCCAGCUGUUGGUGAGGAAAGGAUUUGAUUUUCAGAGAAAACAGUAUGGCAAACUAAAGAAGUUCACGACUGUAAAUCCUGAAUUUUAUAGUGAGCCUAACAGCAAACUUUAUCUGAAGCUGAGUCGGAAGGAAAGUUCUUCGACUUACAGCAAAGAUGACCUUUGGGUGGUCUCUAAAACCCUGGACUUUGAAUUGGACACUUUCAUUGCAUGUAGCGCCUUCUUUGGACCGUCAUCUACCAAUGAGCUGGAGAUACUGCCUCUGCAAGGUUACUGCCCCUCUAACUGGCCCACCAACACAGUGGUCCAUGCCUUGUUGGUGUGUAAUGCCAGCACAGAGCUGACCACUUUGAAGAACAUUGAGGACCACUUUCAUCCAGCCACCCUGCCCAUCACGUGGCACCUGCUGACACUGUCUUCGUCCACUGCAGUCAGCACCAAGAGAUUCAGUAAGAGAAAAUUUAUCCCACCAGCCGUGUCAAACACCCACACGAACCUGCCCGCGCUCGGCCUCGGCGCGACACUGCAGGUAGCUCGUGAGUUGAUUCAGGCUCACACGCUAAACCCGGAUCAAGCCGCGGCCCUGACCCACAUCGCCCACAUGAUGGCGUCCCACGACGGUGCUGAAGAGGCGCGCGGGCCGCGCGUCCAGGUGUCCCCCAUCACCAUCAUCCAGGGUGUUUUUGGAGCAGGAAAGAGUUAUUUGUUGGCGGUGGUGAUUUUAUUUUUUGUGCAGCUGUUUGAAAAGAGUGACACUCCUACAGUUGGAAAUUCAAGACCGUGGAAGCUUCUGAUUUCUUCUUCCACUAAUGUAGCUGUGGACAGAGUACUUCUCGGGCUUCUCAGUCUUGGAUUUGAAAAGUUUGUCAGAGUUGGGAGUGUCAGGAAGAUCGCCAAGCCGGUCUUACCUUACAGCUUGCAUGCUGGCUCAGAAAAUGCAAAUGAACAAUUAAAAGAGCUACAAGCACUAAUGAAAGAAGACCUGACUCCUGUGGAAAGAGUCUACGUGAGAAAAAGUAUCGAACAGCAUAAACUGGGGACCAAUAGGAUGCUGCUGAAGCAGGUUCGCGUGGUCGGAGCCACCUGUGCAGCCUGCCCAUCCCCGUGCAUGGACGACCUUAAGUUUCCUGUUGUUGUGCUGGAUGAAUGCAGCCAGGUAACAGAACCUGCGGCCCUCCUUCCCAUCGCGAGGUUUGAGUGUGAAAAGCUGAUUCUUGUUGGAGACCCCACACAGCUUCCUCCUACUAUCCAGGCUUCCGAAGCAGCACAUGAGAAUGGACUGGAACAAACUCUGUUUGACCGACUUUGCUUAAUGGGUCACAAGCCAGUUCUGUUGAGAACUCAGUACCGUUGUCACCCAGCAAUCAGCGCUGUCGCUAACGAUCUGUUCUACGGCGGAAACCUUAGGAACGGUGUGUCGGAGGCGGAGAGGGUUCCCCUGCGGGCCUGGCUGCCCACGCUGUGCUUCUACCACGUCCCGGGAGCCGAACAGAUCGAAAGAGGUAACAGCUUUCAUAACGCGGCAGAAGCUGCCUUCACACUCAAGCUGAUUCAAUCACUGAUUGCGAGUGGAGUGGCAGGCUCUGCGAUCGGGGUGAUAACGUUAUACAAAGCGCAGAUGUACAAGCUCUGCCAUUCGCUCAGCGCGGUGGGCUCCGACCAGCCUGAUGUGAGAGCAGUGCAGGUGUCCACAGUGGAUGCUUUCCAAGGAGCCGAAAAGGAGGUCAUCAUUCUGUCCUGUGUGAGGACAAGACAAGUGGGGUUCAUCGACUCAGAAAAGAGAAUGAAUGUUGCGUUGACCAGAGGAAGGAGGCACUUACUGAUCGUGGGAAAUUUAGCCUGUCUGAGAAAAAACCGCCUGUGGGGGCGAGUGAUCCAACAUUGUGAAGGAAGGGAAGAUGGACUGCAGCACGCCAGCCAGUGUGAACCACAGCUGAACCACCUACUUAGGGAUUAUUUUGAAAAACAAGCAGAAGAAAAACAGAAGAAAAAGAGUGAAAAAGACAAAUGUAAAGAUAAACCUCAUUUACAGAAAGGCAUGGUAUAGAUCUUUUGUAUUUAUAGAAAUUCACAUUCAUUUUACAUGAUAUAUUUUUUAUA